CCGGACGGCGAGGCCAUGGAGUCGGAACUGGUGGUGACGCCCCCGGGCUGCUUCAAGGUGGACAACUGGAAGCAGAACCUGCGCGCCAUCUACCAGUGCUUCGUGUGGAGCGGCUCGGCGGAGGCCGGCAAGCCGAAGGCGAAGUCGUGCGUCUGUCACGUGUGUGGCGUCCACCUGAACAGGCUGCACUCCUGCCUGCACUGCGUCUUCUUUGGCUGCUUUACGAAGAAGCACAUCCAUGAGCACGCCAAGGUGAAGAGACACAACCUGGCCAUAGAGCUGGUGUAUGGAGGCAUCUACUGCUUUCUCUGUCAGGACUACAUCUACAAGGACAUAGAAAUCAUCGCUAAAGAGAAGCAGCGGAAAGCUUGGAAAAUGCAAGGUGUUGGGGAGAAGUUUUCCACCUGGGAGCCGACCAAGCGGGAGCUGGAGCUAAUGAAACACAACCCCAAGCAGCGGAAGAUCACCUCCAACUGCACCAUGGGUCUCCGCGGGCUCAUCAACCUGGGGAACACGUGCUUCAUGAACUGCAUCGUGCAGGCGCUCAUGCACACUCCACUGCUGCGGGACUUCUUCCUGUCAGACCGGCACCGCUGAGAGAUGCAGAGCCCCGGCUCCUGCCUGGUCUGCGAGAUGUCAUCUCUCUUCCAGGAGUUUUACUCCGGGCACCGGGCCCCCCACAUCCCAUACAAGCUGCUGCACCUGGUGUGGACUCACGCCCGCCACCUGGCGGGGUACGAGCAGCAGGAUGCGCACGAGUUCCUCAUCGCGGCCCUGGACGUCCUGCACUGGCACUGCAAAGGUGAUGACAGUGGGAAGAAGGCUGACAACCCCAACCACUGCAGCUGCAUCAUAGACCAGAUCUUCACGGGCGGGCUGCAGUCGGACGUCACCUGCCAGGUGUGCCAUGGCGUCUCCACCACUAUCGACCCCUUCUGGGACAUCAGCCUGGACCUGACCGGCUCCUCCACCCCUUUCUGGCCACUGGGCCCUCGGAGCGAGGGCAGCGUGGUGAACGGGGAGAGCCACGUGGCGGGGACCACGACCCUCACGGAUUGCCUGCUGAGGUUUACCAGGCCAGAGCACUUAUGAAGCAGUGCCAAGAUCAAGUGCAGCGGCUGCCACAGUUACCAGGAGCCCACCAAGCAGCUCACCAUGAAGAAGCUGCCCAUCGUGGCCUGCUUCCACCUCAAGCGCUUGGAGCACUCGGCCAAACUCCGGUGGAAGAUCACCACCUACGUGUCGUUCCCCCUGGAGCUGGACAUGACCCCCUUCAUGGCCUCCAGCAAAGAGAGCCGGAUGAAUGGACAGCACCAGCCGCCUACAGACGGUUUCAGUAACGACAACAAGUACUCCUUGUUUGUGGUGGUCAACCACCAGGGGACCCUGGAAAGCGGCCACUAUACCAGCUUCAUCCGUCAGCACAAGGACCAGUGGUUCAAGUGUGACGACGCCAUCAUCACCAAGGCUGGCAUCGCCGACGUGCUGGACAGCGAGGGAUACUUGCUGUUCUACCACAAGCAGUUCCUGGAGUACGAGUAGCCGGCGGCGCGUUGGCAAGGCCCGCAGAACAACCCUGACCUCCCCAGCCUCCGGAUACCGCCACCCACCAGGAGCAUCCCAAGAGUGC